CCGAGCCUGGGCUGGGGGCGACAGGAGAACACUGUUAUCAUUGCACACCGGUCUGGGCCCACUCCACAGCAGGACUGACAACAGACGCCACGGUAACAACGAUGUACACGGACGACAUCAUCGAGGCCGUCGGAGGCAUGUCCUGGUUCCAGAUCCUCAUGGUUGUGUUCAUAUUCGGUCCAAAGACGUUGAUGGCGUGGGGGAUGUUGAUGAUGUCGUUUGCAGGGACGACUCCAGAUUGGUGGUGUGUCCCAACAUCUGUGUCCCCUGUUGAUGAAACACAAUCCAUGAACAACGUCACCUUCAAAUUGUGUCCCACCUCGGACAACAUCACCUGUGGGAAACUGUACAGUCAGGACAAGCACACGAUCGUCAGCGAGUGGGAUCUUGUAUGUGACCAGGCUAUUUUACAAUCCGUUAUCACAUCCGUGCAAAUGGCCGGAGUGUUCACCGGGGCAUUGAUUGGUGGACAAUCUGCUGACACCAUCGGCCGGAAGUGGACUUACUACAUCUGUCUGGUCCUUCAAGGUGGAUUGAACCUGGUUGCAGCGUUCUCUGUUAACUGGCAGAUGUUUGCAGCCUUACGUUUUCUAAUCGGGGUGAUGAUUGGCUCUCUGCUGGUGGUAAGCUACCCGUAUUUUAUGGAGUUCGUUGGAAAGAAAUGGCGUCCCCUGGCAUCAUCAAUGCCUAUCUGGGUGACGGGUGUAUGUGCAUUUGCUCUGUCCAGCUAUCUGAGACCUGACUGGUCGCAUCAACACAUCGUCGUAGCUGCACUUCAUCUGCCCUUCUUCGCGGGAUGGUUCUUUGUCCCAGAGAGUCUUCGCUGGCUGGCUGUGAAGGGUCGGACUGAAGACGCUGAGAAGGUUGUGGAUCAGAUGAGCCGAUACAACAAGAGAGAGAAGCCCGCAAACACACUGCUGCUGCUGAAACAGGUGGCGGAAGAGGAGAAGAAACUGAGGGCGUCUGGCAGCAAGUACACCUACCUGGAUGUUUUCAGGCCCUGGAGCAUGUGCUGGAAGUCUCUCAUCAUACAGUUCAUUUGGAUGUGCAUGUCGCUGGUGUACUAUGGGAUAUCAUUCGGUGCAGGGAGACUUGCAGGGAAUCUCUACCUUAACAUCUUCCUACUGUCGGUGGUGGAGGUGCCAGCCACGCUGAUGACGUUCUUCCUGACCAACAAGAUCGGCAGAAGAUGGGCGGCUUUUCUGUUCUUUGUUACAUCCACUGCGGGCUCCUUUGGUAUUUGCAUUGUCGCUAAAACAGUCGCUGAGGAUGAACAAGGAAUCAUUGUCAACGUCUUGGCUAUGGUGGCCAAACUUGGGGUUGGUGCGGCUUGGUGUGUGAUGCAGUUGUUGUCAAGUGAGACGUACCCAACUGUCACAAGAAAUUUGGGCUAUGGUGCAGCUAAUACAGCAGCUCGCAUUGGGGGAAUACUUGCUCCAUACAUAUUUGCAACGGGAGCAGAUGGUGACCUCGUGGUACCUUUCGUCAUCGUUGGGUCGACAAUGGCCGCCUGUGGAGUGCUAUCUCUGGUCCUGAAGGAGACGAGGGGUCAACCCCUGGCUGACUCCAUUGGGGGCCAAGUGAACUCCUGUGGGGACGUGGUCUCAGCAGCGGAUGUGGAAAAGACCAAGUUGUAACAGUACUGGCUCCUAUACAUUGAACAACAGCUUAUGGACAGAAUCAUUAGGAAAAUAUAUAGACUUUCAGUACCCAGUACCCCAGGGGACAGCAUCGACACGUCAUGUACCAGUUCUUGGAUGGAUUCUGUGACCAUAGGCGACAGUGAUUGACUCCAGCACAGUACCUGAACCCAUCGCCUCCAAAAGCUUGUCUUUAAAUGGCAUUCAGAAGUGAUACACAUAAAAGGGGAAUUUUCUGGAUGCCAGUUUCUGUAAAAUGAGGAACAUGACGGAUAGUGAUAUGUGUACAAGUGAAAAUAACAACAGUGAUAAGAUGCAUGCGUCUGGCUCCUGGCUUCUAUUUAUCCAUUGCCAUCACCAAUCAGAGCCAAUUAGCUACUAGCGUUUCCCUUGUUAAAUGUCAACUUUUGUUAUUUUAUCACUUUUGUGACAAGCGACAAACAGGUUUUAUAAAAGCAAUAUUCAGAGCUAUUAUCAGGUAGCUUCCAUUGGUCAACUUCAUGUAACCUCGAAAAGUUUAAUCUUUGCAUAAUAAACCUCUCUAUUGUGGAGUGCGGCCUAAAACUAAA